AUGAACUCCAAUAUCUCAAAGUCUACGGCACUUCUAACCAUGGAAUCCCUGAAUUUACCCCCAUCAGGCAUCUAUCCAGCCUUCGUCUUUGGAACAGUAGCAUACUGCCUCAUUCUGCUCUGCAACACAAUGCUUGUCAUCACCAUAGCUCUGCACAGCACGCUACACAAACCCAUGCAUAUUAUACUAUUUAACCUGCCCAUAAAUGACAUGGUCGGAGCCUCUGCCUUUUUCCCUCAAUUUAUCUCCAGCAUUCUGGCCCAGAAGCGGUCUAUCUCUUACCCAGCAUGCGUUGUGCAGGCUACGCUCAUUCACCUGUAUGGAAUGGGAUCCCUACUGAUACUGAGUGUGAUGGCAUAUGACAGGUACAUUGCCAUCUGCUGCCCACUGAGGUACAACAGCAUCAUGACAAACAGCAACUUGGUAAAGAUCAUCACUAUCAUGUGGCUCAUAGAUUUUGUUAUGAUUGCUGUGAUAUUUGCUUUACUCACCAGAUUUGAAAUCUGCAGGACAAUUAUAGUAGACCUGUACUGUAACAAUCCUACUUUAAUGAAGCUUAUCUGUGAUGACAUACGUUUAAAUAACUAUAUUGGGUUGAUUUCAAUAGCUUUAACUCAAGGUGGGUCACUUGUUGCAGUUAUAUAUACAUAUAUCCGAAUCCUGCUCACCUGUUUAUUCAAUAAGCAGUCUGAUACCAAGAGCAAGGCUAUUCAGACUUGUGCGACACACUUAGUGGUCUUCAUAUUCUUGGAAUUCAAUGCAUUCUUCACCCUGCUUGCACAUCGUUUCAAUAGUAUCUCCCCAUAUAUGAGAAAGUCUUUUGGAGUGUCAGUAUUAAUCUUUCCUCCUCUCCUUAAUCCUCUAAUAUAUGGUCUCAAAACGAAAGAAAUUAGAGAUAAGAUUAUUAUCUUCAACAAAAAAAUGUCUCCUUUUUAA